CCACCCAUCGGAAGCACCGCCGCCGCUGCCGCCGCCACAGCUAGCAAUCUGUGUCUGUAUAAACUGUCCGUGUUUUGGUUGCUGAAAACCAUCAACAUAGGUUGCCCACAGUCGGUGUUGUGGUGCCCACGUGGGGAACCGGCGACCCCGCGACCGCCGAAGCCACCGAUAUGGCCACCGGAACCGGAACUGCCACUCGAAUCGCAGUGGGCCGACGCCGGCGAAGGCUACUGGGCUGACCAGCAGGGGAACAACCCGUGGUGCUAUCCCACCAAGACGAACCCACAACAACAACAACAACAACAGCAGCAGCACCCCCACCACCACCAGAUCACAACACCAACCUCGUACCGGACCGAGUACGAACUGUCCGGAUCGUACGUAUCGCUCGAGUGUCCAUCGCCACCCGGUCCGCCGGCAUGUCUGACCGACAACAACCGGCGGGACCCGCAGGCCCGCCUGGCCCGAUGCCUCCGGAAUCUCUACACCGAGCUAGCCCUCAAGGAGCCGGUCCUGCCGACGUGGGUCCAACCGGUCGCGCCGGGGCUCCUCUGUCCAGCCCGGCUGGAGCCAGAACUAAGACUGCACAUCCAUUCGCACGGUCUGAACGAGUGCAUCUCGGUCGAUCAGAUCCUGGCCGCCGUUCAGACCAAGGAUGGACCCUUCCUGGAAGCGCCCCGGCGGGUACUGAUCGAGUGCCCUCCGUGGGUUACGCGUAGCGCACUGGCCCUCCGGAUACUGCACGGCUGGAGCCGGGAACCGCCAUGGCCUCCGCGAGGUCAACCCGUAGCGUUAGCACUUUUUAUACCGUUAAACGAAAUCAAGGGAUCGUUAGCCAGUUAUGUAGCGAAAGAACUAUUACCUCGGGGUACGCAAAAUCCGUUUGCAUCCGGAUUUGGGGGUUUCAAUGCCGCGUGGAACUCGCUGGAGUCGUUGAAGAGCAAAUUGCUGGUCGUACUGGACGGCUACGAUGUGCAGAGUAAAUCCAGGAAGAACAAAUCCGUCCAGAAGGACGUGACGGAUUUGCUAGAGGGAAGACUGUUCCCCGAGGCUAGGGUCAUACUGAUCAGCGUGACGUCGUCCUGCGCAGAGCUGUUGCCAUUGAUGCAGCGUCACGUCACCUUCGAAGGAAUCACCUGGGGUCGAUCGGUUUCCUUGCUAGGCGGCGGUCAAUGGGGUGCUCCUACGAGACUAAUCGAUUGUGUUCAAGACUGUAGACAUCUACGGAACAUAGCGAGGACUUCGUUGGGCUGUCUAGCCAUCUCGGCGAUCUACGCGGCCAAUGCAGGCGAUCUACCUACGGACGAAAUUGACGUUAUCGCUUCCGUAUUCAACUGCGUAGCUACCAACUCUUCGCACACGCAAGUCACCGAGCUCGGCAGGUUGGCUCUUUUCUGCCUCAAGACCAAGCGAUCGACGGUCAGUUCAGCGGAGCUUAAAAUGUACUGUUCGUCUCCGGAAACCAACAUCAUCGGAUGCUUGGACAAGGCACCGGUCUUCGGUCGAACAGCGCGGAGAAAAUCCGAAUUCAAUUAUACCACCAUUUGUCCAGGGAUUGCUGAAUUCCUUGCGGCCAACUACAUCGUAUCGCUAGCUAGUCGACCGGGCCUGCUCGCCGCUGAAGUUGCCGGUCUAGCCAUCGGCGACGAAGUCGAACCGGAAAUCCUCAAAGUGCUAACCUAUGCCAUGUCUCUCCUCGGCUCGCGAGCUCACCUAUUGCUCUCCAAACUUACUCCGCUCUGGUUAAGCCCACAAACCAUAUUCUCCCUAGCCGUGGCCGGCGGUGAAACCGAGUCCAACCUCACUGCCCUUUGCGAAAUCCUUGGAAUAUCCAAGUCCCCUCCGAUACCUCCACUAGAGGCGAAACCCAUCUGGGUGCAAAUCAAAUCCACAGCCUCUGAACUGCAAGGUUGGGGUCUGGCACUCAAGAGUCCAACCUGCACGCUCAAAAACCUGGAACUAGUCUACCAGAUCGAGAAGAACAUGCUCCUCGAGUCACGGAACGUCAUGGACAUCUUCCUCGAUGCGCUGUCCAAGAACGAAAGUGUCACAACACUUCGAAUAACUUCGCUGAUCGAAAACGAAGUUCGAGACUCGGACAUCAACUACCUAGCGACAUGCAUAUCCAAAACCGUACUGAAACCAAGACUGGAGAGCUUCGAAGUAAUUCUGACACUGCUGGAAGAAGAUCCUCCCAUACUGAAGCUGCAGUCCGUAGUGACGGGUCUUUGCAGAGCGAUCCCUCGACAACCAAAACUCAGUAACUUGAUCCUCGAUCUAGGUCUUUGCACUUCGCAACUGGUUCAAAUCUGCUCAAUGCUCGAGAAAUGCCCUCACGUCACAAGACUGUCCUUCCCGCAUCUCCGUUGCGAACGUGGAGCCGUAGGCGCUCUGGCCAGUCUCCUGAAUGCACGGCCUCUGUCCUAUCUAGCACUAGCCUCCAGUUGGGGAGCUCGCGACGAUCCACCGUCCUCUAGUGGCGUCAGCAUGGGUUCCGGUUCCGGUAGCAGCUCCGGAAACUCCGGCCUUAUCAAACAAUCUUCUCUAACCGGAGCGCCAUCGCCUCGAUCCUAUCCAACCGGAAUCUUCUCAUCACUGCCCCGAGGAGUACUGAACUCCACCUCAAACAUGGGCCGCUCAGCCACACUACCACGUCAACCCAUGGAAGGACCACCGGAUAAACGAAGCACGGACUCGGUCAUCUCCCGAACUUGGUAUCCUACUCCAGCUUGCGACGGCGGUCCUCACAACUCCGGUACACUUCACGAACUGCUCCUGGCGGCACGGGACUCCUACUCCCGACUCCAUGGGCUGGACCUCAGCAAAGCUCAACUUUCGCUCGAGGACUCCAUGUGCCUGGGGGAAACGGUUCGUGUCUCCACUAACCUCCAUUCGAUCAAACUGGAAGGCGCCUCUCGCCUCAGCGAAAUCCUUCCCACGGUGCUGGGUGCCAGCGAGUCACCCAGUCUGCAGAUGCUCAGCCUUGGAUCGCCCCGAAUCGCCCUGGAGGAUGCCGCCGUCGGAAUGUCAGCACGUGCCUUGGGUAGUUGCAUCACGCUACGACUGCUUAGCUUAGAUGGCUGGAGUUUCAGGAUAGAGAACGUCAGUACGCUUGCAUCGGUACGGGGCUUCCUGUCGCUGACCUCGAUCCGCGAACUCGGCCUCAACAACUGUCGGCUCAAUAUAUCGAUGUUUAAGAGCGACGUCCAGAUGCCGAGCAGUGCGUACGAGUGCCGCUCGGUCGUGAACCUCAAGAUGGCGGGGGCUCAGAUUAUCUUCUCCGAUCACGUCUCGCUGAAGGGACCCCACAUGUUACCCUAUCUGACCGGUUUCGUGAAUCUACGGGAGCUGGAUCUGUCGGGGCCUGCGCGCACCGGUCUCGGCAGCAACACGUCCAACCCGUCGAUUCUGUCCGAUAAGGAUAUUAUCGGUUUCUUCUCCACGCUCAACGCUCACUUUAGUUCGCUCAACACCCUGAAAAUCUGCAACUGGAUCGUGCACCUGGACGAUGUCAAUCGGACGCUGAAGGCCGUUUCCAAACUGUUCAAAUCGAGCCCGAUGAGCCACGUCAAGGUCGACGGGAUCAUCGUGCUGGACCGGCCGAAGAAGCAACGGAUCGAGUCGCAGUUUAUGCAUGCCCUGCUCGCUUCGCUACCGCAGCUGCGGUGGCUGGGCCUUACCAUGGCCGGCAUGAACGAGGAACAGAUUGCGGCGCUCGGGACGUACUGCGCCGACAUCCGGGGAAUGGAGAUCGACAUCAGACUGUGCGAGUCGACGAUCGAAAGUGCAAGAUUAAUGACACACCCGCUCGGACUGGACGGGAAGUUUGACAUACGGGUGUCCACGUUCGGUACCUCCAACAGCAUCCUGGUCCACAUCGAGAAGACGUCGACCAAGAGCCUAUCCCGCAAGUAGGCCAGCCGGCAGGUAGGCGAAAGGCAGUCUCGGUAAAGUGUAGAAAGAAUUUUUUGAAAAUGCUAUUGAUGUCUUUUCUCGCGUCUCUUAUAAAUCAUCUCCCCGUCACUAACCUUCGGGGGUUGGCCUGCGUUUCGCCGCGUCUGAAGAACUGGAAGCCUAGGUGGGAGUUGUUUCAUCGGAUGCUUGAUCGGUAGCUGGUAAAUGAAGUUUCAAACACUCUCCCCAAGUAACAAAAUUAGCUGCAGUCUAGCUUAUACAGCAAAAAGAAUUGGCUUAUACAGCUAAUUUGUGCCUGUAUCAGCUAGUCUGCAGGUAAUUUUUUUCGUUGGGUCUUUUAUAGAACCACACUCGCUAUAAUUUCAAUCAAUCACCCCUCGGUUUGACAUUGGACGCUUACCGUGUUUAAUGCAGUAUCCUAGGUGGCUAUGAUUUCGAAAGAAAAGAAGCAUGACAACAAUCAGGACAGUUGUUUAAAUUUAGCGAUUCCAUUAACAAGAUGUUACCAUGUUACGUUAGGAUAGACUGCUGUGAAAUUUUGGGGCCGUUCAUAAUUCACGUUGAACACAAUGUUAUACUUUAUAACCCCUCGUAGACUAUAUUUGAAUUUCUUGAACCCCUCCUCCACCCUCUUAAAGUAUACGUAGACUUUAAUAAUUAUGAUACUUAAACUAUACAUGGGAAAAAACUACAACAUUAUGGUUAGGUUUCUACAACAUUGCAUUAUUGGAUCUCCCCUUCAUAACCGAAUGCCCGCACCUAUCCCUUGAAACCUUUGGUUUUGGGCAAUGGCGGGGCCGACUUCUUUUGAUACUUUUACCCACUGUUGCUUCAAAGCCAGCUCGUUCUCCAACACCUUAGGUGUUUAAGGAAGUCUGGCCUUCACGAUGACCCAAAACCAGAGCUUAAAAUUAUUGACUGCCUAGGCUGAGUGCGAAAGCACUGCACUAUUCAAUCAAUAGCUAUGUGCAGACCAUUUGUACCAAACGGUAAAGGA